AUGAGGAGGAGCCGACACCGCGCAAAUAUGGGACUUCCCAUGGUUUACAGAUGGCUUGUAUUCACAGUAGUGGUGCCCACCUGGCUGCUCGCUGCUCCAAGCGCCAUCCGUGAGCGCCCCUGCCCCCAGAGCUGUAGAUGUGAUGGGAAAAUAAUAUACUGCGAAUCCAAUGCCUUCCAUGGCGUGCCAAGCAAUGUGUCUGUAGGCACACAGGGUCUGUCCCUGCGCUACAACAGCCUCAUGGACCUCAGAGCUCACCAGUUUGCAGGGCUGAGUCAACUGGUUUGGCUCUACCUGGACCAUAACUACAUCAGUGCGGUGGACGGCCAGGCUUUCCAUGGGAUACGCAGGCUCAAAGAACUGAUUCUGAGCUCGAAUAAGAUCACACAGCUAGAAAACAAUACUUUCCAUGACGUUCCCAAUUUACGUAAUCUGGACCUUUCCUACAACAAACUGCAGGUUCUCCAACCCAAGCAAUUCGUGGGUCUACGGAAGCUGCUGAGUUUACACUUGAGGUCAAAUUCCUUAAAAACGGUCCCAAUGCGAGUGUUCCUUGACUGUCGCAACCUGGAGUUUCUUGAUAUCGGCUACAACAGGCUACGGAGCCUCACACGUAAUGCCUUUGCAGGGCUCCUUAAACUCAUCGAGCUUCAUCUGGAGCACAACCAGUUCUCCAAGAUAAACUUUGCUCAUUUCCCUCGCCUGACUAACCUGAGGGCGCUCUAUUUACAAUGGAACCGUAUCAAGCUGCUAACCCAGGGCCUGCCGUGGAUGUGGACUUCCUUGCAAAAGCUGGAUCUUUCGGGAAAUGAACUCCAAGAGCUGGAGCCAAGUACAUUUCAAUGCCUCCCUAAUCUUCAGACACUUAAUCUGGACUCCAACAAACUCACCAAUGUGUCUCAGCACACGGCGGAUACUUGGAUCUCCCUCACUACCAUCAGUCUGGCUGGUAAUUUGUGGUACUGUAACCCUAACAUAUGUCCCCUGGUGGCCUGGCUCAAGGCCUUUAAGGGCAACAAGGAGACCACUCUGAUUUGUGCGGACCCUAAGGAGGCACAAGGGGAGAAAGUGACUGAUGUGGUGGAGACCUAUAAAAUCUGUACAGCGACACCGAGUCCCUUCCCGUCGACAACAUCGCGCCUCACUUCUGCGUUUCCAGCUGAGUUGCUGCCUCUCUCUACGCUGUCGGUGCCGGACAACAAGCUGACCUGGAAUAGGACAACCUCCCCAGCUCUGUCCGAGGUCUCCCCCACUAUCCCCCUGCCAGACACUGAGUACGUGUCCUUCCACAAGAUCAUAGCUGGUAGUGUGGCUCUCCUCUUAUCUGUGACUAUUAUUCUGCUGGUGAUCUAUGUGUCAUGGAAGCGCUAUCCCAGCAGUAUCAAGCAGCUUCAGCAGCGCUCAACGGUUAAAAAGCGCCAGAAAAAGUCUCGGGAGACUGAGCGCUCCCUUAAUUCCCCCCUGCAAGAGUACUAUGUGGACUACAAACCUUCACACUCAGAGACUAUGGAUGUGCUGGUUAAUGGGACAGGACCUUACACAUACACCAUCUCAGGCUCCAGGGAAUGCGAGAUUCCACGGCAGCUGAGUGCUCUGACGUUGUACAGGUGUGAGCCGUCGCUUCUGGAUUACUGCCAUGCCCACCUGUCGCUGCAGCUCAACGUGGGCAUGGAGCCCCCAACUCAGGCGUCUGGAGGUCCGGGGCCAGCCGGGUACCACCCGGGCCUAAUCCCCUCCAAGCCUGUGCUGCCUUGCCCCCAGACCCACUCCCUCCACCAGUGA